AUGGCUGCUCAUCUCAUCGUUCUUCUCCUCUUCAGUGGACUCAAAGGAGUUCACAGCAUAACUACAGUCAGUAAAGUAUCAGUAACAGCUGGAAAGUCUGUCUCCAUCCCAUGUCUCUAUGACUCCCGAUACAUGAACUACGUGAAGUACUUGUGUGAAGGAUAUUAUUGAAACUACUGCAGCUAUGCAGUAAAAACAAACAAGCCAGAUGGUUCAGGAAAAUAUUCAAUCUCUGAUGACAAAAACCAGAAAAUAUUUACUGUGACUAUAAACCAGCUGACAAAUGAAAACACUGAUUACUGGUGUGUGGUGGAGAUUAAUGACGGUUCGGAUCAUGGAGAGUCUUUUCAGCUGUCAGUUUCCAGUGGUACCCCCAGUCUCUACGUGGAUCAGCAGCACAUUACAGGAUAUAUUGGAGAAAACAUAACCAUUAGAUGUCACCACAGAAACUCUGGAGGAAUGAAGUGGUGCAGGCUGGGCAGGAACUGUGUGACAGGAUCAUCUGAAUCUAUAGAUGGAACAACAGUGACAACUAAUAUGACAGAGCCAAAUGUUUUCACAGUGACCAUGAGUGGACUAAAGCCAGAGGACAGUGGCUGGUAUUGGUGUGCCAAAGGAGACAUUCAGAUACCAGUACAUUUAAAUGUUACUGAGAAACUGAUCACUAGUAAGUACUGCAAGAGAUCAUGA